CAGCUCCAGUGCUCAUCUCCCCUUUUAUUCCUCUCAGGUUGAGCCUUAUUCGGUAGCGAAUUCUUUUUCGUCUGCUUGUCGUAAGUCUCCCUCUCUCUCUCUUCCUCUUCAGUUUUGUUACUUUUGACGCGAAAAAUAAUUUCAAGAGCGUGCAUGUGUUUGUAUGCGUGUGUCUUUCUAUGUGUCUGUAUAUGGGGCCCACCGAAGUGGCUAACCUAGCGAGCAGACGACGCAACCGCAACGUCACCGGUGACACCUGAGGAUUUUUGCAGCUCUUUGUGCAGUGAAAGAUAAGAUACUUGAUAUUUUCGGUUCCAUACGGCGGCCCUUAUCAAGUUCAGUGUUGGUGAAUCAAGACCAGUGUCGUUUCCGCAAGAGAAAGUGUGAGCUGCUCUUACUCUUGGCAUGUUGUGAUGAGCUUUGGAAAAUGGCUACAGGCCACUCUCACCAGUCUGUACAAUAUCAUAACUACAAAACGAUAGUAGGCUCAGUGUCCGCCGUUUUAAAUCGUUACAAAGCAGUUCUGGAAUUUCAAGAUAGUGGCGCAAAGCAGAGAGCAUUACUGAAGGUGGAGAAGCUGCACUGCAAGCCAGAAUUAAAUCCAGACGGGGCAGAAUAUCCGAUUAACUACUUCGUAAAUGUCGGAACCUGUGUAAAAUGUUUGUGUCAUAAAUUUGACGAGACGGGCGAACAUAGAUGUGGAUGGUAUGUUGCUGAUGUACUGUCUGUUGGUCUUAGCUUAACAGACCCAAAGUUAUUAAUGGGCUUGUGUCCAUUGAUGAUUAACAGAGUUGGUAUGGUUUCUCAACUUGAUAAACGUCAGGGUAUCAUUUCAUUAGUUGAUGAAUAUGAUCAUCAACAUGACAUUUUAUUUUUAGCUAGUAAGUUUUAUAUUUCUGGAAAGCGGAUAAAUGUCAAACAAGCUCUUAAUAGUGUCCUUGUUCUGAACGAUAAGCUUUAUUUUGAUGCUGUACCCGUAGAUUUAGAGGAAAAUGACAACCGUUUCUCCUGGUUUGCUACUGUAGCCUGGAAGCAUAAAAAACCUGACAUAGAUUAUGAUAAUUCAGUUACUGGCGAUGACCCGCAUCUUUCAACUAUAAAAACUAUUAAUCAAAAUCCAAAGUCACAAUUUUUGAGGGGCAAGGGCCAGAUUUUACGUAUUUUAAAUCAUGAAUAUGGUGUUGCUUUGGGUGUUGUAAAUAGCAAAGGAAACCACUGGCAGUCCAUUUUAUUUCAUCGCUCCAAUGCUUCAUUGUUUAAAUUUAAACUUAAAAAUGCUGAUUUACAACAAGUGUUUAAAAAAGGAGAUAAAAUUCGUUUUAUUGCUGCUGCUGCGCCUGCAGGUUUUAACACACAGUGGGUAGCUUCUUAUGUAGGCAUUGAUGUUUGUGGGUCUGCUAAAAGCCUGGCCAAUGGAGCUGUUAUUGAUAUUGAAGCGUCUGAUGGUAAUUUUAAAAACAAAUGUACAACCCCUGGACAUAAAAAUCAAUGAACAAAUUUUUAAUUACUUGGAAUAGAGAUUUAAUAAACCUUGUGUAUAUUUUUAUCCAAUCAAACACCCCAAUAUUAUGUUAACUGCUGCGCUUAUGAUUUUGUUUUCAAAUGUGUUUUUAGUUUAUCACUGUUGACAUUGCGUUUCUUGCCCUAUCUUCAGAUAGAUAAGUACCCCUAACCAUUUUAUUCUGUUUUUUUUUUGUAACAAUGUGUAAUGUGUUUUGAACAUAUCAUGAAAUUUAUAGUUUUUCAGAACUUCUGUUAUAAAAUGUAUAAGUUUCUUGUUUUUGUUGUUCUGCCUUUAGUAAAAUAUGCUCUUAA